UUUGAUACAAAUUGAAUAUUUCCCUUCUAUAUAUUAAUACAAUGACUCAAGACCCUCAAACUCGCUUUCACACAACUCUUAUUCCAUUUUCUUUCAUCACUUAAUGGCUAACUUGGAUAAGUACUCUACUUCCAAUGAUACUUCCACUCAUACUAGAGGGCCAUCAAAUCAAGAAUCUAGGGUUCAUUUCUCUGAAGACGAAAAAACUCUCAUCACUAGGAUGUAUAAGCUUGUCGGAGAAAGAUGGUCUUUGAUUGCUGGAAGGAUUCCUGGAAGAUCUGCAGAAGAAAUUGAGAAGUACUGGACUUCCAAAUAUUCAAGAACUAAUGAUCAGAUGUAGAAGGGUUGGGUGGGUGGGUGGGGGUGGGGGUAUGUUGGGAAUUACAAGUGUAAAAUAGUUGUUAUUUUCUCUCUUUGUAGUUUGCAUCUUUUUAUUGCUUACGAUAAUAAGCAUGCCAAACUCUGUUAAGAAUAAGAUAAUAAGUACAUUGAGUACACCUUUUUACAUAGAA